UAGAAUGUCAUCUCAUUGAACAAUGGAAGAACAAAAAAUACCGAUAAACAGCUAAUACGUGACAAAUCAUCUUUGCUAAGGAAAUUUUUUUGAUUGAUAGCGUACGUCUCGUACUUUCAUGUCAUGGGGUCUUAUGUAUAACGUAUCAAACGUAGUUGUGUAGUUGUAGAUUGAAAUGACAAAGGUUACAGACAGAUUUCGUUAUGCACUCUCUUCGAAAAUAUCACGUAUUUGUCUUUAAAAUGUAAAGAUUUACUGUCGUUAAAAUUAGACAUGGUUUGAUUCAUAUGCUUUAUGUCGUAAAUCUUUUAAGUCUUUGUUUAUAUAAAUAUCACACAUCAACCCAUUGAGUUUAACUCAGGGGACUCAACCUAUGAGACUAGACUUUAGGGAUUUACCCAAGAUUGAUAAUCAUUAUCCUGGUGUAGUAAAUCACCCAAAAACCAAAUCUUCGUUUGGCAUCACGUAUACGGGGUGACAAAAUAAAUUGAGUUGACAGAUGAUAAAAUUGAGAGAAAACGCUUUGACACUACUCGUUUACGUAGUUUAAGCGAUUCGAAAAGUCAUCGUCAACGCAGAAUCAAGUUUAUGGCCAACAGCUAGAGUUGUAAGCUUUAGCACACAAUAACAGACGUGUCAUAUCUUAUACAAUAGCAUUGCCAGUCUCACUGUCAUGGACAGUAUCUAAUCCUCCAAAUGUCAUAGUAAUUUUUAUGCGGUUCUGCCUUGUUGUUUUAGCAGAUUAAUCCAUUUAAGAACCAACAACGCGGUACCAUGAAAGAAUAUUUGCUUUAGUAAAAAAAAAAUAUGAUGGUGGUGAUAAUAUUGGAAGUAAAAAAAAAUAAUAAAAUCAACGUUGAGUGCAAAGAUCUUUGUCGCAGUUUCGCCACACGGGGAGGGGAUUGACGAUUUACAGUUAAACGUGUAAUAAACUACGUAAUCUGUACCGUAAUCUGGGGUGGAAUUUCGACAGGUGAUAAUUUUGUCAAUGCGAGGUUACAAUAUGCUCAUCAUUUCAGGUAACUGAAGCGUGUCGUGUGAAAAGAGCAAACUGCGACAGAACUGUGGCGUCAAAUGCUUAAAUGACGUCAUUCCGGCAUCUUUUGUCUGCCUCCCAUUGGUGCUGUCUUGGUUCGAUCAAGGCGACAAAAGGUUGACGAAGAUAACAUUCGACGCACAGAUUAAAAAUGCCGAUGUUUAUUUAAAUAGACGGGCGGUUCUGUCAACAACCAGAUCAGUAAUUUCCUAGUCGUCGAAAGCUAAAGUUCAAUAUGAAAAACUUCUUUUGGAUAAGCAAAUUCCUUUCAACUGCAUAUUUUGCGCUCCUGAUUUUAAUGCCCUAUUCUUACGCACAAGACAGUUCAUGUUUUGGAACCACUGUUUUUACUCCGCCUACGGUACCGUGUGUAGGCUGUUCGCCCUCAACCACUCCUACUCCUAUUUCUACGACACCAUGUGUUUCAACAACAAAUAAAAAUUCGACUACAGAACAGUCCAUGGUAACAACGACAGUUUUUACGCCUCCGACCGUACCUUGCAUUGGCCCCCUUUGCCCUACAACGCCAGCGACCACAUCAUCUACUAGUACUUCCGCAACGUCACCAGAUUAUUCUACAGAAGAAUCGUCGUCGUCGUCUUCGCCAAGCUCAGUAACCGAUAAGACAACAGAACCAACUGAUUUUACAGAGUCCUCUUCAGGUUCAUCGGAACAAGUAUCAACUUUAACAUCAACAGAUGUUACAUCCUCUUUUGCUUCUUCCACGGAACUUACGCCGAGUACGGACCCAGAAAUUUCGACGACCGAAAUUUCGACAAGCACCAUCACGGAUUCUACGACAGAUAUAACGACAACAGACUCAACAACAGAAACAAGUUAUUCGUCGGAGACCUCUUCUAUUUCUACCGACUUGCCAACUGAUGCGUCAACGGAAACAUCUUCCUUUAGUACCUCCACAGACCUUCCUUCUUCUAUUUCGUCAACUGAGCCGGAUUCCAGUACAGUAACCGAAACGUCGUCCACCGAUAUUUCAACUGAAUCAACAACACCUUUCGCAUCUUCUACUUCAUCGGAAUCGUCGUCGAUAACAGAAACUACCGAAAUUUUGACAACUGAUUCAACCACUGAUUAUCCAACUUCUACUUACUCGUCAACGGAUCCUUUAUCGAGUACGGUCACAGAAACAUCUUCGGAGAAUACUUCAACAAAGCAGUCAACAACAUCUUAUACUGAGUCCUCUCCUGGAAUAACAACCGAAACAUCAACAGAUACAGUCCCUUUUAGUUCAACCACAGAUUUUACUUCUAGUACAGUCACAGAAAUUUCAUCGACUGAAUUUUCAACUUCCGAUUCAUCUUCGUCAAGCACGAUAACUGACUCUUCUUCGCCGGAUAUUUCAACUCCUGAUUCGACAACAGAAACUUCAUCAGAGUCAACUCCGACUGACUUGACUACUGAAGUUUCCACAGAAACGUCCCCCUUUAGUACUUCUACAGAAGUUUCAUCUUCUAUUUCUUCCACAGACCCGGAUUCCAGUACAAUGACCGAAACGUCGUCGACCGACAUUUCAACUGAAUCGACAACACCUUUCGCUUCUUCCACUUCAUCGGAAUCUUCGUCGAUAACAGAAACUACCGAAAUUUUGACAACUGAUUCAACCACAGACCUUUCAUCUUCUAUUUACUCGUCAACGGAUCCUUCAUCGAGUACGGUCACAGCAACAUCUUCGGAGGAUACUUCAACCUUACAGUCAACAACUGACACUUCUUCACCUGAUAUUUCAACUCCAGAUUCGACAACAGAAACUUCAUCAGAGUCGACUCCGACUGACUUGAUAACGGAAGUUUCAACAGAAACUUCCCCCUUUAGUACCUCCACAGACCUUCCUUCUUCUAUUUCGUCAACUGAGCCGGAUUCCAGUACAGUAACCGAAACAUCGUCCACCGAUAUUUCAACUGAAUCAACAACAUCUUUCGCAUCUUCUACUUCAUCGGAAUCGUCGUCGAUAACAGAAACUACCGAAAUUUUGACAACUGAUUCAACCACAGACCUUUCAUCUUCUACUUACUCGUCAACGGAUCCUUCAUCGAGUACGGUCACAGCAACAUCUUCGGAGGAUACUUCAACCUUACAGCCAACAACUGACACUUCUUCACCUGAUAUUUCAACUCCAGAUUCGACAACAGAAACUUCAUCAGAGUCGUCUCCGACUGACUUGACAACGGAAUUUUCAACAGAAACUUCCCCCUUUAGUACCUCCACAGACAUCUCUUCUUCUAUUUCGUCCACAGACCCGGAUUCAAGUACAGUGACGGAAACGUCGUCUACCGAUUUUUCAACAACUGAAUCUACUCUUUCUUUCACAUCUUCUGUUUCAUCGGAAUCGUCGCCGAGUACGCUCACGGAAACAUCUUCGGUCGAUACUUCUACAACGUCGGUUACUGAGUCCUCUGUUUCUCCAUCUGAAGAAAUAACAACGGAAACAUCAAUAGAUACAACUCCGUUUAGUUCAACCACAGAUUUCCAAUCAUCAACUUAUUCUUUCUCUGAAUCUUCCUUGAGUACCUUCACAGAAACUAUGUCGACUGAAAUUUCUACUUCCGAUAGCUACUCGUCAAGCGCGACAACUGAUUCUUCUACGCUUGAUAUUUCAACUUCAGAUUCGACUACAGAAACAGUUUCGUUGUCAGAGACCUCUUCGAUAUCCACAGACUUAACAACGGACAUUUCAACCGAAACCUCCACAGACCCUUCAACUUCCAUUUCGUCUACUGAACCGUCUUCCAGUACAGAGACCGAAACAUUUCCCUCGACAAGUGAAUCGACAAUUAUUUUCACAUCUUCUGCUUCGUCGGAACCGUCUUCGAUCACAGAAACAACUUUGACCGAUAUUUCUACAACUGAAUGGACGACAGCUUCAACAGAGUUGAGUUCACCUUCCUCUGAAGUAGAAACCACUGAAUCAUCGACAGAGACAACUCCUUAUGGUACAUCGCCAUCAGACUUUACAUCUUCUAUCAUUUCUUCCUCGGACCCUUCAUCGAGUACUGUCACAGAAACAUUAUCUACUGAAAUUUCGACCUCCGAGGCUUCCAUAACAAGCACUUCUACUGAUAUGUCGACAUCAGAAAUGACAACAGAAACAACUGAUUUUUCUGAUACUUCUUCAUCUUCAACAGAAACGUCUUUCUACAGUACGUCCACAGACAUCACAGCUUCUGUUUCUACCUCGUCGGAACUUUCCUCUAGUACAUCGACCGAAACUUCGUCUAGCGACUUUUCGACUACUGAUUUAACCACCGAUUUCCCAUCUUCAAUGUCUUCUUCCUCGGAACCUUCGUCGAGUACUUUCACAGAAAUAUCUUCUACCGAUGUUUUUACCACUGAAUGGACAACAGUUUUUACAGAGUCGUCGACCUCAUCCUCAGAAGAUGUAACAACCGAAAUGACAACAGUAAUCACCGAUUCGACUUUUUCGGUGUCCACUUCUUCCGAACCUUCGUCGAGCACAGAAAUGUCUUCGACCGAUAUUUGGACAACCGAAUUGACGACAGUUUUUACAGAUUCCAGUUCACUCUCUUCUGAGGUACAAACCACAGAAACAACGCCGUUCACCUCAGAUUUUCCGACAUCUAUUUCUACAUCCUCGGAACCAUCGUCGACUAGUACAAUGUAUGAAACAUCGUCAAGUGACGUCUACACAUCAGGAACAUUUUCUACUGAAGAAGUAACGACAGAAAUUUCAACAGAAACUAUUUCGACCACAGACGCCACAUCAUCUGUUUAUUCUUCCUCGGAACCUUCGACUAGUACGAUCAUAGACAUUUCAUCAACUUCAGUUUCCGAGACUGACUCGUCCAGUACCAUAAUCGAUUCUUCAACAUCAGAUAUGUCGACAACAGAUUCAACAACAGAAACAAAUUAUUCGUCGGAGACGUCUUCUAUUUCUACCGACUUGUCGACUGAAGCGUCAACGGAAACAUCUCCCUUUAGUACCUCCACAGACCUUCCUUCUUCUGUUUCGUCAACUGAGCCGGAUUCCAGUACAGUAACCGAAACGUCGUCCACCGAUAAUUCAACUGAAUCAACAACGCCUUUCGCAUCUUCCGCUUCGUCGGAGUCGUCGUCGAUAACAGAAACUACCGAAAUUUUGACAACUGAUUCAACCACAGACCUUUCAUCUUCUAUUUACUCGUCAACGGAUCCUUCAUCGAGUACGGUUACAGAAACAUCUUCGGAGGAUACUUCAACCUUACAGCCAACAACUGACACUUCUUCACCUGAUAUUUCAACUCCAGAUUCGACAACAGAAACUUCAUCAGAGUCGACUCCGACUGACUUGACAACAGAAACUUCCCCCUUUAGUACCUCCACAGACGUUUCUUCUUCUAUUUCGUCCACAGACCCAGAUUCCAGUACUGUAACCGAAACGUUGUCCACCGAUAUUUCAACUGAAUCGACAACACCUUUCGCUUCUUCCACUUCAUCGGAGUCGUCGUCGAUAACAGAAACUACCGAAAUUUUGACAACUGAUUCAACCACUGAUUAUCCAACUUCUACUUACUCGUCAACGGAUCCUUCAUCGAGUACGGUUACAGAAACAUCUUCGGAGGAUACUUCAACCUUGCAGUCAACAACAUCUAAUACUGAAUCUUCUCCUGAAAUAACAACCGAAACAUCAACAGAUACAGUCCCUUUUAGUUCAACCACAGAUUUUACGUCAGAUUAUCCAUCUUCUAUUUACUCCUCGACGGAUCCUUCUUCGAGCACCGUUGCGGAAACGACUUCUAUUGAAUUUUCAACUUCAAGUGACUUCUCGUCAAGCACGAUAACCGACACUUCUUCAUCUGAUAUUUCAACUUCAGAUUCGACAACAGAAACUUCUGUAUCAGAGGACUUUUCAACAUCCACUGACUUGACAACGGAAGUUUCAACAGAAAUGUCCGGAUUCAGUACCUCUACAGACUUUACGACUUCGAUUUUGUCUACUGAACCACCUUCCAGUACGGAUACCGAAACUUUGUCGACCGAUGCUUGGACAACUGAUUCAACCACAGAUUUUCCAUCCUCUUUUUACUCUUCAACGGAUCCUUCGUCGAGUACGGUCACAGAAACAACAUCUUUUAGUACCUCCACAGAGAACACUUCUUCUAUUUCAACUUCCGAUCCGUCGUCUAGCAGCACAGAGACCGAAACUUUGCCCUCAGAUUUAUCAACAGAUGGAUUGACAACUGAUUUUACAGAGGCGACAUCCUCCUCCUCUACAUUCGAAUCCACAUUAAUUCCAACAGAAACAUCUGUGUAUAGUACAACCACAGAUUCGAAUGCUGGUAUUACAGAGUCCAUUUCUCCCACGUCUGAAGUGGAAACCACUUUAAAAUCCACAAAAGAACCCCCUGUUUCUUCGACAACUUCUGACUCAACAACCAUUACCAAUUCUCCAGAAACACCAACUGACGCUUCUUCUUCUUCCAUAUCCACGUCGACGGAGUUUUCGUCUUCGUUUACUUCUACUACAGAUCCAACCAAAAAUCCAAAUGACUUAAACGACAAAAUGAAUAAAACUCAAUUCUAUGUGAUACUUGGUGUUGUUGUGGGAUUACUAUUGCUAUUGCUGCUGGUUUUCACUAUUCUCGCCAUCACAUAUGCAAGGAGAAGAAACAAUGUACCUCUUUUACCUUUAACUCAAGCACCAAGUGAAAACAGCUACGGAUCGCAAGAGAGAAGAGUGCGCGGGCUUUUACGUACUCCUUUACGUGGUUACUGAUUUAAAAAAUUUACCUCACACAUCCUUCAUUUUAAAAUAGGCCGAAUCAUUGAGUGAUUAAUUUGUACUCUUACCGCCAUCCUGCAUAUAUUUCAUAAGGUGUCGAAUUGUUUUCCCUCCAAUGUAGAUAUUCUCAAUUUUUGUUUCGACUAUUUUGUCUAAUUCCUUAAUUUAAUUCAAUCUGAAAUUUCCAAUCGAAUUGUCAUAUGAAAUUAUGAACUGUGUUCUAGAAAUAUUAGGAAGCAUCCAAUGGGAAGAUAUACACAGUAUUCUUAUCGAAAAUUCAUGUGACAGCUGUCAAAAGUAUUGACAUGUCAACUUUUGUUGAGUAAUACAGUGUAUGUCUAGGCAGUUUAGUGACUGUUGUUGACUGAAA